GCAGCCUGCAGCGCAGCCGAGGCAGCACCAGCAAAACGAGCGAGCAACCAACGCCCAGCCGCAGGCGCAGCGCAGCGCAGACUACGCGGCCCUGCUGCACACAGACACCACCAAAGCAAGCAAGAGCAGAACACAGAGAGACAGAGAGAGCGAGAGAGAUCAUCACGCAGCACAGCGGCGGCCCCUCCCCCCUCCCCUCUCUCCUCUCUCGACAGUCGACACAUAGAGCCGGGUAGCAGCCCGGGCGGGAGACAGGUCUUCGGUCUCGGCGCCGCGUGCUCGCCGCCCCCCACCCCGGUCCCCCUGCCCCGCGCCUGUCGGAGGGAACACGCGCGCGCGCACGGGCGUGGCCUGCCUGCCCGCCUUUCCUCCGGCGGCGACCGGGACCGACAGGCGGCCUCGACGCGCGGCCAUGCGUGGGCCUCUCUGAGCCAGCAGCUCUCGCCGGCGGAGACCAGCUGAUCCGGUCGGCUCGUUCGUCUGCUUGGCCGGCGCGCGUCUGACGGUCUGAGGCGGGAGAUGAUGAAGAUGGAGCGGCAGCAGCAGCCGCCGCCGCCGAGCUCGGCCGCCGGCUCCGCGGUCACCGUGGCGGUGCCCGGGGUCGGAUGCGAAGGGGAGAAGAAGGCGCCGGCGAUCAACUCGGACCUGUGGCACGCCUGCGCGGGACCGCUGGUGCAGCUGCCGCCGGCAGGCAGCCUCGUCGUCUACUUCCCACAGGGCCACAGCGAGCAGGUUGCAGCUUCUAUGCAGAAGGAUGUCGACGCCCAUGUUCCAAACUACCCGAACCUUCCAUCCAAGCUCAUCUGCCUACUGCACAAUAUCACCUUACAUGCUGACCUAGAAACAGAUGAAGUUUAUGCACGAAUGACUCUUCAGCCAGUUACCUCAUAUGGGAAGGAGGCGCUGCAGCUAUCAGAGCUAGCUCUCAAACAAGCAAGGCCACAGAAUGAGUUCUUCUGUAAGACACUGACUGCUAGUGACACUAGUACGCAUGGAGGCUUCUCUGUGCCUCGCCGAUCUGCAGAGAAGAUAUUUCCACCUCUUGACUUCUCAAUGCAACCACCCGCUCAAGAGAUACAAGCUAGGGAUUUGCAUGAUAACGUGUGGACAUUCCGUCACAUAUAUAGGGGUCAGCCUAAAAGACAUCUGCUUACAACUGGCUGGAGUCUCUUUGUAAGUGGAAAGAGGUUAUUUGCUGGAGAUUCUGUCAUUUUUGUCAGGGAUGAAAGGCAGCAACUUCUACUAGGAAUCAGGCGUGCUAAUCGACAACCAACUAACAUAUCAUCAUCUGUCCUUUCAAGUGACAGCAUGCAUAUAGGCAUUCUUGCUGCAGCAGCCCAUGCUGCUGCCAACAAUAGCCCAUUUACCAUCUUUUAUAACCCAAGGGCCAGCCCUACAGAAUUUGUUAUCCCAUUUGCUAAGUAUCAGAAGGCUGUCUAUGGUAAUCAAUUAUCUUUAGGUAUGCGCUUCCGCAUGAUGUUUGAAACUGAGGAAUUAGGAACACGAAGGUACAUGGGCACAAUAACUGGUAUAAAUGAUUUAGAUCCUGUAAGAUGGAAAAACUCUCAGUGGCGUAAUUUACAGGUUGGUUGGGAUGAAUCUGCAGCAGGUGAACGACGGAACAGAGUUUCAAUCUGGGAGAUUGAACCGGUCGCUGCUCCAUUUUUCAUAUGCCCGCCUCCGUUUUUUGGUGCGAAGCGUCCCAGACAACUAGAUGACGAGUCCUCAGAAAUGGAGAAUCUCUGGAAGAGGGCUAUGCCUUGGCUGGGUGAAGAGAUAUGCAUAAAGGAUCCUCAGACACAGAAUACCAUAAUGCCUGGUCUGAGCUUGGUUCAGUGGAUGAACAUGAAUAUGCAACAGAGCUCAUCCUUUGCAAAUACAGCCAUGCAGUCCGAGUACCUGCGGUCAAUAACUAACUCCAGUAUGCAAAAUAUUGGUUCCAGUGAACUGUCGAGGCAGUUGUGCUUGCAGAACCAGCUUCUGCAACAGAACAACAUGCAGUUUAAUUCGCCCAAACUUCCUCAGCAAAUGCAGCCGAACAAUGAUUUGUCCAAGGCUGCCGUUCCAUUGAACCAGAAUGGUAUGAGCAUCAAACAACAAGAACAGACUCAAGAUGCAAGCAACUUUCAGAGGCAACAGCAGUCCAUGAACUAUGCACUUCCUUUGAGCCAAGCUCAAACCAAUCUUGCCCAAGCUCAGGUCGUUGUGCAGAAUCAGAUGCAGCAGCAGCAGCCGCAGCCACAUACAUCUCAAAAUCAGUUGCCAUCCGUCAGCCAGCCGCUCAUGUCCCAUCAGCAGCAGCAGCAGCAGCAACACCAACAGCAGCAGCAACAACAACUGCAGCAGCAGCAGAAACAACAAGAACACCAACAUCAGCAACAGCAACAGCAGCUGCAGCAGCAAAAAUUUCUACAGCAGCAACAGCUUCUAAUUCAGCAAGAGCAGUUACAACAACAUCAACAACAUCAACUCAGUAAGAUGCCUGCGCAGCUACCAAAUCUGUCAAAUCAGCAGCUGCAGUUAUCGGAUCAGCAGCUUCAGCUUCAACUCCUGCAAAAGCUACAGCAACAGCAGCAAGCAUUGCUGUCCCAACCUGGAAUUACCCUUGCACAAUUACCUCUGAUCCAAGAACAGCAGAAGUUACUUAUGGAUAUGCAACAGCAGCUGUCAAGCUCCCAUUCACUUUCCCAGCAACAGAUGAUGCCUCAACAAAGCACAAAAAUCCCAUCACAGGCAGCAUCACUGCCACCACCCAUGCAGCCAGAUACUACACAACAGAAGCUUCCACAGAAGCAAGCUCUGCCUGCAGACACCUUAGAAGCUGCCAUUCCUUUGACCACAUCGCGUAAAUUUGGUUCAGCAAAUGGAAGCCCUUUAAGGAUGCCUGGUGCUACACAUUCUGUAGUUACUGAAGAAAUCCCUUCUUGCUCAACAUCCCCUUCCACUGCUAAUGGUAGUCAUCUUCUACAACCAGUCACUGGUAGGGACCAAUAUUCUAGCAUGAUCAACACGGAGAAGGCACCCCACUCAAGUGCUCCCAUGUCAGUUCCAAACUCCCUUGACGCUGUCACAGGAGCUCAAAGAAUGACAAAGGAAUUACCAAAGUUGAAUUCCAAUGUAAAGCAAAAUACGAUGUCUUCAAAAUUACCGAAUGGAGGAGCUGGUCUCCAAACUUUUGCGAACAACGCAGCUCCGACAGACUAUCUAGAAACAGCUUCUUCAGCAACUUCAGUUUGGCUUUCCCAGACUGAUGGACUUCUACAUCCAAAUUUCCCUAUGUCCAACUUUACUCAGCAGCAGCUGUUCAAAGAUGCACCUCCAGAUACUGAAAUUCCUGCUGAAGUUCCAAGUAAUAAUGCAUUGUUUGGAAUUAGCAAUGAUGGGCAUGUGGGCUUCCCUAUGGUAACUGAUGACUUCCUGACGAAUGGGAUUGAUGCUGUCAAGUAUGAAAAUCAUAUCUCUACAGACAUUGAUAACAGCUAUAGAAUACCAAAGGAUGCCCAGCAAGAGAUAUCAUCCUCCAUGGUUUCACAGUCAUUUGGUGCGUCAGACAUGGCGUUUAACUCAAUUGACUCUGGAAUCAACGAUGGCACCUUCUUGAACAGAAGUUCUUGGCCGCCUGCUCCCCCAGUGAAGAGGAUGAGGACGUUUACGAAGGUUUAUAAACGUGGAGCUGUGGGCCGGUCUAUCGACAUUAGUCAAUACGCUGGAUACGAGGAAUUAAAGCAGGCUCUGGCUCGAAUGUUUAGCAUAGAGGGGCAACUUGAGGAACGACAGAGGAUUGGCUGGAAACUUGUCUACAGAGAUCAUGAGGAUGACAUCCUACUUCUUGGCGACGACCCUUGGGAGGAGUUUGUCAACUGCGUGAAGUGCAUCAGGAUCCUUUCGCCUCAGGAAGUGCAGCAGAUGAGCUUGGACGGCGAUCUGGGGAGCAGCAUUGUCCCCAACCAGGCGUGCAGCAGCUCGGAAGGUGGGGGCAAUGCCUGGAAGGCUCGCUGUGACCAGAACUCCGGCAACCCUUCCACCGGUUCAUACGACCAGUUUGAAUGACCUAAUUUACCAGUCUAUACACACCGCAAUGGCGUCGGUCUAAGUAGACAUCCUGGGUGUGCGGCUCCAGGAUGUUGUAGAUUCUGUCAGCUUACAUCCUGGAGCGCAAACGGCUCAUCGGAUUAGUGGUGUUAUGUUUAUAUGUGUAGUUGUUACAAGAAAGGAAGUAGGCAUGGGUAAAUUAAGCUUACCUAGAAUUGGAGAGGGUUAGGGGGGAUAUGUUGUACUAUUGGUAAGGCAAGUUCUGUAGUUACCUGAUGCUUCCUCUGUUGUGAGGAAAUUCUUAAGAUCUCCAUGAGUCUCAAGUUAGCAUCUGCGGAAGCUAUAUUUUUUUA